AUGCUCCGCCGCCUGGCCGCCGCCGGCCCCUUGGCUCUACCGAUACUCCUACUGCUUCUGCUCUCCUCCCCGUACUGGUUCUCCCCGAGCCCCGCCGCGACCGCCGUCGGAGGUUGCCCCUUAGAUUUCAGUUGGGCAAACUUCACCCCGGCAGCAGCUGCCUGCUCUGACCCGUCCCAGCGGGCCUCCUGCUGCCGAUACAUCAACGCGUACGUGGCCAUCUCUGUUGCGCGCUACGCCAACGCGACGGGCAGGCUGGGCGUCCCUCCCGCGUUCGCCGAGAUCUGCCUCAGCGCCGUCUCCGACACGUUUCGGCUGCGUGGCAUCGCCACCGACGCCGCCGUCUUCUGCGGGCUGGGGCCCAAGAUCAGGGUCUCGUACCAGUGUGCAGGGCGGGACACCGUGCUGGAGAUGAUGCAGUCGCCCAGCUUCAACGACGUGCUGGGCAGCUGCAGGGGCCCCCUGUCGCUGGACAUCGCCUGCAAGACGUGCCUGAACUAUGGGAUAGUGUACCUGCGGAGACUUAUUGGGUCGGAUGAUAAUGUCGCGCUCAGCGUGUGCCGCAGCGCGGUUUUUGUGGCGCUUGCGACGCAGCAGGGCGUGCUCUCGUACGAUGAUAUACUCACCUGCUUCUUUGGUGUUCAGGGGAUCACCACAUUUCCAGGACCAGUUUCUGUCACGUCGACUCCAGCUUCUUUGCCAAAUGCCACUGUCGAUGAUUCUCCAGCUCCAAAGAAUAAAAGUGUUCCGCUACCGCAGGGACAUCAGCAGCAGCAGCAGCAGCCUUACCGGAUUUCAGUGCUUCCAGGGAUAGGGAUAGGGGUCAUAUUGAUUGCUAUUCUUCUUCAGAUCGUCUUAGUGGUGCUGAUUCGUAGAAAGAACAGGGAACUGAAGAAUGCUGACUUACCCCCUCAGAGUCCCGAAAAUGCGUUUCAUCAGGGUCAAUCCUGGAGAUGUCCAGAAGGUCAAUCGCCAAUGUUUCAAAGGUAUAGCUACAAAGAGACAACGCGAGCAACAAACAAUUUCAGCACAGUUAUUGGAAAAGGAGGCUUUGGGACGGUCUAUAAGGCUCAAUUUAGUGAUGGCUCUAUAGCUGCGGUCAAAAGGAUGGACAAGGUUUCGAGACAAGCCGAAGAAGAAUUCUGUCGCGAAAUGGAGCUCCUGGCUAGGUUGCAUCAUCGCCAUCUUGUAAACCUAAAGGGCUUCUGUAUCGAAAGAAAAGAAAGGUUUCUUGUCUACGAGUACAUGGAAAAUGGAAGCCUAAAGGAUCACCUGCACUCAUCUGGAAUAAAGGCUUUAAGCUGGCAGACAAGGCUGCAGAUCGCAAUGGAUGUGGCCAAUGCUUUGGAGUACCUCCAUUUCUUUUGUAACCCUCCACUCUGCCACCGAGACAUCAAGUCAAGCAACAUUCUGUUAGAUGAGAAUUUUGUUGCCAAGGUUGCUGAUUUCGGGCUUGCACAUGCAUCAAGAACCGGUGCUAUCAAGUUUGAAGCCGUGAACACAGACAUACGAGGAACUCCAGGGUACAUGGAUCCUGAAUACGUGGUAACCCAGGAGCUGACGGAGAAGAGCGAUAUCUACAGCUACGGCGUGCUGCUGCUGGAGCUGGUGACGGGGCGGAGAGCGAUCCAGGAUAAGAGGAACCUGGUGGAGUGGGCGCAGGAGUACCUGUCAUCGUCCGGGGCGAUCCCGCCAGAGCUGGUCGACCCGGCGAUCCGGGGCUCGGUCGACGCGGACCAGCUGCACCUGGCGGUCGGGGUGGUCCGGUGGUGCACCCAGCGGGAAGGGCGGCAGAGGCCGUCCAUCAGGCAGGUGCUCCGGAUGUUCUCGGAGCGGCUGGACCCAGGGAACGGAAGCUUUGGUGAGGGCAUGGACGACGACACGGAAGGCGGCUUCUACCCGAGCCGGAACAGCAAGUGCGGCAGCCACCGGAACGAGCUGGUCCCCUGUGGUGGGGACUUGCGGUCCUUGCAUUCGUCGAGCAGCACGACGAGGUCCUACUGCAGCCGCAGCAUGCUGCUUGAAAGCGGCCAUGCCAACUCCCCACCUGAAACCCUCUGAUCAAGCUUUGUUUCACAAGAGCAGAUUUUGCUCCGAUAUGCGUGGUUGGCGAGGUGAGGUCGGCACUUGGAAUACUGUGCCACUGUACGUAGAUAUUACAUUCUUCAUGGAAAUGUGAUGGAUGAUGCAGUUUUGUUUUGCUGACACUCUCGGCCUGAGAG